UCCAUUUUGUCUUUAUUUUUGUUGUGUUAGUCUUUCAUGAUGGACUUAGUAGCUAUGGAAAAAUGCCGUUAUAUAUUUUUCGCAUGGAUUUUAAUUAUUCCUGUUAAUUGUUUUCUUAGAAUGGAUCAAGGACCAAAUCAACAAACACAAUUAGAAUAUAUAAACAUACACAUAACAGAAGGAGGAAGAACUAAACGAUCUACAGACGACACAUUCCAUCCAGAAACAUACGACCUUGAUGUGACAUUGUCAAAGUCGCAUCUUAACUUACAUUUGACUCGGAAUGACAACAUUAGAACUUCAGUACCAACACUUAGCCUCAAAGGCAACUCGAGGACAUAUGUGUACUUAGAAGACAAAAUUGAAUCCAUUUUCUACCAAGACGUAGUGCAUGGUGCAGUGUUUGUUUACCAAUAUGAUAAAUUCAAAGAGACGCAUAUGUUUGGAACAUUUAAUAUGGGUAGCGAGGAAUAUAUCGUCCAAACUACCAAAAAUAAAACAUACACCACGCUUAAGUCUGGGUUUAAUCAGUUCGAAAUUAGGAAGGAAAAAUUCCCUGAAAUUAAUUUCAACGACUUUCUAGGAAAAGCAGAUACGACAAAACAAGCUACUAAGAGUAAUCACACAUUUAUAAAGAGAAACCACAGACACAAAAGGGCUACUGGAUUACACCAGUUAGAGUUACUGAUAGUUGUAGAUUAUGCUGUAUAUAAGUAUUGGUAUGACCAAAGUACACAGACAUCUACAUCACAAAAAGAAACAGAAGCUCUGACAUCAGUGAGACAGUAUUAUGCCUUUGUCAUUACUGGUAUGGAUGGAAUGUUCAAAAAUAUACAAACAUCAUCAUACACCAUUGGUAUUGUGUAUGCUGGUAUAGUUAUUGCACAGACUCCAUCAGAUGCUGCAUGGACAGAAACAAUAAAAGUCACAUCAUUUACACCGAACCGAGUAGAUGCAUCAACUGCUCUUCAUAACUUUCAGACAUGGAAUAAUAACCCGCCAUUUAGUCUACCAGGCCAUGAUCACGCAAUGUUGUUUACGAGGUACGAUUUGAGAUUGAGUGGAUCAAUAGGAAUUGCAGGACUUGCAUAUUUAAGCCAAGUUUGUACUAGCAUUAGUCAAUCAAUUGUAGAAGAUAGAUUCAGCUUCCUUAUCAUAUCAGUUGCAGCACACGAAUUGGGACAUUGUUUAAGUUCACAACAUGACGGCGACGGAAAUGGCUGUAGUGGUAGUGAUUCCUAUAUCAUGGCGUCUGUGAUCGGUCCACAGACCAAACCAGCUACCGCUACACACCCAUGGAUAUUUUCAUCAUGUUCUACAUCAUACUUUACUAAUUACAUUAAUUCAUUGGAUUCAGUGGGGAAUAAUUGUAUGAAGACAUUAAGUGUAGGAUUUGACCCUACAGGACUAACACCUUAUGACCAGCAACUAGCAGGACAAGUAUUUUCAGCAGAUGAACAAUGUGCACAGAUACGUGGAAGUGGAUCAUCUUUCUGUAAUGGACUCUAUUAUGGUGAUUUUUCUACUAUUUGUACGGUAUUAUGGUGUACUGACCCGGCUGGUAGUGCAAAUUGUAAUAGUAAUAUAGGAGGUGAUGGCACGCACUGUGGUAACAAAAAGUGGUGUAUAUCUGGUGUAUGUACCUCAGAUUCAAAUGCUCCUCCUGCGGAAGACGAGACCUGUCUUUAUGGAGAUCGCAAAGGUAUAAUAUUUGGCAACGGUUGGACUUGCGAAGAUAUGGUAAGGGAAGCACCAGGUUAUUGUGCAAGUGUAAAGACUGCGUGCUGUGCUUCUUGUGCACUUCCAACGUCAACAGUUCAGCCUACAACAGAUGCUGAUCAGCAGUGUGUACAAAAACGUGGUACAGAGUCAUAUUUGUGCAGGGACCCCUAUGGUGGUGAUUUUUCUACUAUUUGUACGCGGUUAUGGUGUUCUGACACGGCUGGUAGUGUGAACUGCUAUGGACAUAAUGGAGGUAAUGAUGGAACUCUCUGUGGUAACAAAAAGUGGUGUAUAUCUGGUGUAUGUACGUCAGAUUCAAAUGCUCCUGCGGGAGAUGAAACCUGUCUUUAUGGAGAUAAAAGAGGUGUUAUUUUUGGUAAUGGUUGGACUUGUGAAGAUAUGGUUAGGAAUGCACCAAGUUAUUGUUCAAGUACAACUGCAUGCUGUGCCUCUUGUGCACCUACAACGACAACAUCCACAACUACUGUGACUACGACAAUAACUGAUUCUAAUACGACAACAACUACUCCUUCUGUGACAACAACUACUCCUACGACAACAACAUUAGCAACAACUACAACAGUUCAGCCUACAAUAGAUGCUGAUCAGCAGUGUGUGCAAAAACGUGGUACAGGGUCACAUUUAUGCAGGGACCCCUAUGGUGGUGAUUUUUCUACUAUAUGUACGCGGUUAUGGUGUUCUGACACGGCUGGUAGUGUGAACUGCUAUGGACAUAAUGGAGGUGAUGAUGGAACUCUCUGUGGUAACAAAAAGUGGUGUAUAUCUGGUGUAUGUACGUCAGAUUCAAAUGCUCCUGCGGGAGAUGAGACCUGUCUUUAUGGAGAUAAAAGAGGUGUUAUUUUUGGUAAUGGUUGGACUUGCGAAGAUAUGGUUAGGAAUGCACCAAGUUAUUGUUCAAGUACAACUGCAUGCUGUGCCUCUUGUGCACCUACAACGACAACAUCCACAACUACUGUGACUACGACAAUAACUGAUUAUAAUACGACAACAACUACUCCUUCUGUGACAACAACUACUCCUACGACAACAACAUUAGCAACAACAACAACAGUUCAGCCUACACCAGAUGCUGAUCAGCAGUGUGUACAAAAACGUGGUACAGGGUCACAUUUAUGCAGGGACCCUUAUGGUGGUGAUUUUUCUACUAUUUGUACGCGGUUAUGGUGUUCUGACACGGCUGGUAGUUUGAACUGCUAUGGACAUAAUGGAGGUGAUGAUGGAACUCUCUGUGGUAACAAAAAGUGGUGUAUAUCUGGUGUAUGUACGUCAGAUUCAAAUGCUCCUGCGGGAGAUGAGACCUGUCUUUAUGGAGAUAAAAGAGGUGUUAUUUUUGGCAAUGGUUGGACUUGUGAAGAUAUGGUUAGGAAUGCACCAAGUUAUUGUUCAAGUACAACUGCAUGCUGUGCUUCGUGUGCGCCUCCAACGACAACAUCCACAACCACUUCUGCAACGACAACAACUACUCCUGUAACGACAACAAGUUCUCCUACUACAACAACAACUACUCCUACUACGACAACAACAGCUGCUGCUACGACAGCCACAUUAGAAACAACUACAACAUUUCAGCCUACAACAGAUGCUGAUCAGCUGUGUGUACAAAAACGUGGUACAGGGUCACAUAUGUGUAGGUACUUCUACAACGGAGAUUAUUCCUCCCUAUGUACAAAACUUUACUGUGCCGUACCAAAUACGAACACCUGUUAUGAAAAUAAGAUUCCUGACUACAUACUCUGUGGAAAUCAAAAGUGGUGUAUAUCUGGUGUAUGUACGUCAGAUUCAAAUGCUCCUGCGGGAGAUGAGACCUGUCUUUAUGGAGAUCGCAAAGGUGCACUAUUUAACAAUGGUUGGACUUGUGCAGAUAUGGCGAGGGAAGCACCACAAAUGUGUGCAGAUCAUGGGACUGCAUGCUGUGCCUCAUGUGGACCUACAACAACAACAUCAACAACUACUCCUGCAACGACAACAACUACUCUUACUACAACAACAACUACUCCUGCAACGACAACAAUUAUCCCUACAACGACAACAACAACUGCUGCAACGACAACAACUAUUCCUGCAACGACAACAACUACUCCUGCAACGACGACAACUAUUCCUGCAACGACAACAACAACUGCUGCAACGACAGCAACUACUCUUACUACAACAACAACUACUCCUGCAACGACAACAACUUUUCCUACUACAACAACAUUAUUAACAACUAUGACAACAACUAGUCCUACUUCGACAACAACAUUAGCAACAACUACUGAUACUACAACAGCAUUAGCAACAGCUACUCAUACUACAACAACUACUCCAAAUUCGACAACAACAUUAGCAACAACUACUCCUACUACAACAACAUUAGCAACAACUACUCAUACUACAACAACUACUCCAAAUUCGACAACAACAUUAGCAACAACUACUCCCACUUCGACAACACCAUUAGCAACAACCACUCCUACAACAACAACAACUACUCCUACUUAUACAACAACAUUAGCAACAACUACUCAUACUACAACAACGACUCCUACUACGACAACUGUUCAACCUUCAACAACUGAAGAAACGACUACACCCGUUCAACUAACAACCUCUGAAGAAACGACUUCAACCGUUCAACCUACAACAACUGAAGAAACGACUACAACCGAACAACCAACAACCUCUGAAGAAACGACUACAACCGUUCAACCCACAACCUCUGAAGCAACGACUACAACCGUUCAACCUACAACAACUGAAGAAACGACAGCAACCGUUCAACCAACAACCUCUGAAGAAACGACUACAACCGUUUAUCCUACAACAACCGAAGAAACGACUACAACCGUUCAACCUUCAACAACUGAAGAAACGACUACAACCGUUCAACCAACAACCUCUGAAGAAACGACUACAACCGUUUAUCCUACAACAACCAAAGAAACGACUACAACCGUUCAACCUUCAACAACUGAAGAAACAACUACAAUCGUUCAACCAACAACAACUGAAGAAACAACUACAAUCGUUCAACCUUCAACAACUAAAGAAACGACUUCAACCAUUCCACCUUUAACAACUGAAGAACCAGCUACAGUAAGUCCUACUACAAUUGAAGAAACUAGCGCUACGGUUCAUCUAACAAAAACUGAUGAAACGACUACUAUAGUUCAACCUUUCACAACUGAAAAAAAUACCACUACAGUUCAGCCAACGACAACUACAGUUCAACCUACUACAACUGAACAAACGACAACUACUGUUCAACCUUCAACAAAUGAACAAACGACAACUAUAGUUAAUCCUAUAUCAACAGAACAAACGACAACUUCAGUUCAGCGUACAACAACCGAACAAACAAUCACAACAGUACUGCCAACUACAGAUGAACAAACGACAACAGUUAAGCCAACAACAACUGAACAAAAGACAAAAGUUUGGCCAACAACCACUGAACAAACGACAACAUUUCAACAAACAACCACUGAAAAAACGACAACAGUUCAGCCUACAACCACUGAACAAACGACAACAGGUCGGCUAUCAACCACUGAAAAAACGACAACAAUUCAGCAUAUAACCACUGAACAAACGACAGCAGGUCAGCUAUCAACUACUGAAAACACGACAACAGUUCAGCCUACAACAACUGAACAUUCGACAACUACGGUUCGGCCUACAACCACGACAACAAAACCCACAACAACAACUAAGCCUACAACGACAACUAAGACCACAACGCCACCAUCUCAAUCUUCUGUCACCAUCGAGUACAGAUACACAUGUAGACUGCGGAUUAUGAUCACCGUUACCAUCAGUCUUACCGAUACAACCACUGAAGAAUAUCGACGUCUUUUCAACCAGGUUUUGAUAGCGCUAACGAACUAUUAUAGACGAUCUAGAUCAUGUAGACGGUCCUUUAGGAGAAUAGUUCUUAUUUCAAUAAGAGCUGGGAGUUUGAUACCAGAAUACGAGGUCUAUCUAGAUGAACCUUCUCCUGGUGAUGUCAUUUCGGCUGGAUAUGACUUAACCACUGGAAGUGGAAACUUAACAAUAGGAAAUGACACGGUUGAAGCAGAGACAUCGUCUGUUACUGCUAAUAACCAAACAGCCACUGUAACUUCGACCGAUAACUUGUGUGAUGCAUUCAACCAAAUCAGUAGCUGUCCUGAUAACUAUGGUUGUAGAAUAAAUGCUAGUACCAAUGUCCCAUUCUGUGCACUUCAAAUGACAGAAAUAGACAAUUACAGUUUGAUACUAGAAUUAGCAGUUGGCAUACCAAUGGUUUUCUUACUUUUCGUGUUAUCUAUACUUCUAUGUAUUUGUUUUAAAAGUCACAGACAACGACAAACAAAAACAAAAUAUAUAGAAGAGGAUCUAGACAGACCUGUUCCUAUAGAAGAAAGCUUUUUUGCUGUUAAUAUGGCCAAACGGUACAACGGGUCUGGAAGCAAAUCUUUUCUACCCUUUGGAGGAUACUGGGAUAACGGAUCUUUUGAGUCCCACGAAGAUAUCGAUAGAACGUCAUAUCUUGGCAAAAAGUCAAAUUUUUCUGGUCAAAGUAAAAGUUCUAAAAAUGGUUACUAAACAAAGGAACAAAAAAAUGCAUACACUACAAACUGACAGAAUACAAUGGUGGAUUAUCACACGUAUGAAGAUUUGCUGAAUAAUGGCAUUUAUUGACAGCAAUUAAAUCAUGUUGAAUUAUGGCAUUUAUUGACAGCAAUUAAAAUUAUAUUAUAUUAUGUUAUAUAAAUAUUAUAAAAAAUGAAUCAAUGACAA